GACACUGACAGAGGCCAGCGAUUGGUGGCGCGUGUGGUCUGUCAUCGUGCACAACGAUCGGGUUGAGGUGCGUUGUCUCCUCAGAGCUGAUGUGUCCGAGAGCAGGAAGUGAAGUUUCAAGGCAGUACUUCAGCUGAGAGUGGAGCAGGAUGACCACUUUAAUUCGCCGGGGACGACGCGGAGAGGAUGGGCAAAGAACAGAUUCAGAGGACGGCAGCAAAGAGAAAGAUGAAGAGAGCUCAGGGGAUUGCAAAGACAUGAGGCUCACGCUUAUGGAGGAAGUGCUGCUCUUAGGAUUAAAAGACAAAGAGGGUUAUACGUCGUUCUGGAAUGACUGCAUCUCUUCUGGGUUACGUGGAGGCAUUUUAAUUGAGCUUUCCCUGAGGGGUCGUGUUGUCUUGGAGCCAGCCACACUACGGAAGAAGCGACUCCUGGAUAGAAGGGUUUUUUUGAAGUCUGAUGCCCCAACAGGUGAUGUUUUAUUGGAUGAGACUCUGAAGCACAUUAAAGCCACAGAUCCCGCAGAAACUGUGCAGAGCUGGAUAGAAUUACUUACUGGUGAAACAUGGAAUCCAUUCAAGCUUCAGUUUCAACUGCGCAAUGUGCGUGAACGCAUUGCCAAGAGCUUGGUGGAGAAAGGAAUCCUGACCACAGAGAAGCAAAAUUUUCUACUCUUUGACAUGACCACCCAUCCCGUCACCAACACCACAGAGAAGCAGCGCCUGGUGAAGAAACUGCAAGAAUGUGUACUUGAAAAAUGGGUUAAUGACCCACACCGCAUUGACAAACGGACCCUGGGAUUGCUGAUACUGGCCCAUGCCUCCGAUGUCCUGGAAAACGCCUAUUCCACCCUGCCUGAUGAGAAAUAUGACAUGGCUAUGAACAGAUCGAAAGAUCUUCUAGAUAUGGAUCCGGAUGUAGAAGGCAACAAACCCAAUGCCACAGAAAUGAUAUGGGCCGUGUUGUCCGCUUUCAACAAAUCUUAAGAUUUCAUGGACAAAACUAGAGACCUAGAAUAAUGUACCCAUAUGAUUCUCCAGGACAACCCAUAGGUUACAAAGAGGAAUGGAGGGCAACAGAGACUAUGUACUUUGGAUCCCCCAGUUUGGUAGCCCAACAUUGACCUUGAGCCUACACUCUUCAGAAAUAACCAUUGUGUGUAUACAAAACACAUUUGACAAAAGAUGGACUUUGAGGCACCUUUUGUUGACGACGCAAUCACAUUUUCUUCUAGCAAGCACCAAUCUGAGUGGGAAAUGAGUGGCCAGGACCAAUACUGGAUCCAUCCCUUUAGUUGAUUCCAUUGUGUUCCUCAGCUUUGUAGCGAUAGAUGUAAGGGAAACCAUUCCACUUGUCCAGCUCAGAGCAGGUUGAAUUAUUCUAGAAUUACAAAGGACAAACUACCCACAGUGCUCUUGGAGACUCUGGACUAGGCCCAAGUCAACACACGGAAUACAAACUUUUGUUGUUGCCUAACUGUAUUCUUCUGUAACCCACCCUAUGUCUUGUCUGUUGACUUUUUGGUCUGAUGUUCCAGCUCACCUUCAGCUGCCCUUCUGUGGGCAAAAAUUGGGCAGUGGCUACUUUCUGUGCAUUUUUUUCCCUGUAAGUUUUAGGUUUUCGUUUUUAGGCCAACAAUGGUAUCUUUUGAUUUGAUCUUAUUAAUAAUGAUUAGUGCAUUUAUAAGAGGUAA